AUGUCUACUCGAGGACGCGGUCGUGGUGCCGGUGUUCCGCCCAACGAUAGAGCUUCCUCAUCAUCCUCCGCAGCUUCUUCUCGCAGUUCAUCACUAACACGUCCUACAACUUCAACAACUACUCCAGAUGCCGAUCGAUUAAUGAAGCAAUUAAAAACUCAACUAGGUGCUGGAUCUACAACAGCAGCUGGUCUUGGUGCUAGUGCACGUCCUACACCUAAAUUUAUGCCGAAUAUAGCUGCCUCAAAAAAAGACAAAGAUAAAACUGACUCUACUAAUAAUAAUUCAGCAUCCACUUCAAAUAAUAAUAUAUCAUCUAUAAAUAAAAAAGAUCAUAUUAAUGGUAAUAAACCUCAAACAGGUCGUGGUAGAGGUGCUAGUUAUCGAGGUGGUCAUGCUCGUGACAAUUAUAUUCAAACGGAAGGUAUUUUUCAAGGUAAUGCUCAAAUACCAGUUGCACCUACGAAUUCAUCAUCUUUUCCUUCUCGCACAUCGAUUAAACGUGAAAUUUCAUCACCUAAUACAAAAUUACCGAAUAUAAAAAAACUUGGAACAACAAAAACAACAUUAAUUGGUGAUGUUGAUGGUCUUAAAUAUGAAAUUGAUGAAGAAAAUGAACCUCGUUUAAUUCCACUUGCUCAUCGAAGAUCUGUAUUUGAUAUAAAAAAAGAACCAGGUAUUACAAAAAAACUCAAAGAAACAAUUUCAAAAACUUCUGAACAUAUUGAUUCAUUUGUUGAAUUAUUUUCUCAACAAAAACUUGAUUCAUCAAUAAAAUCAAUUGUUAAAGAUGAGCCAAUCGAACCAACAGAUAUUCCAAAAUCCAAAGAAUCGAUAUAUGAUCCAACGCAACUUAUUCUUAUGCAAUUUCCUGAUGUUUUACCAUGUACACGUACAUCAUCAUCAUCAACAAAACCUGAAUUAGCUUCAUUAAGUGAUUUACCUGAUGGUUUUCUUGGUAAAUUACAAAUAUAUAAAUCUGGUAAAUGUCGUUUAAAAUUAAAUGAUGAUACAUAUCUUGAUGUUGAUAUUGGACAACCGACAUCAUUUUUACAAAAUGUUAUGGUAACAGAAAUGGCUUCAACAAAUAUUAAUGAUGAACAUGGAACAAAUAAUGAUAUGAAUAAACUUGUUUGUCUUGGUGAUAUUAAACAUAAACUUAUUGUUUCUCUUGAUGCUGAGCAUGUUCUUCAAGAUACUAGACAAUAA